CCAACAUGGCGACGCAGUGCUGAGAUAGCAGCGCUCAACAUUUUAGAUUGAGCGAGUCGCCAGCCACCGUUUGCCUGGAUUUGUUUUGAAUACUGACACCUGCCCCGGUGUACGACCAGGCCACAAUGACGGCCUGAGAGAGUGGCGGCUUGGUAAAGGAAAUGAAACAGCAGCUCAGCCUCGAACAACAGCAACGGCACCAGAAGCAGACAGAAAGCACUAAAACCAAGAGCAUGUUUCUGUCUCGGGCGCUGGAAAAAAUCUUGGCGGAUAAGGAGGUGAAACGGAGCCAGCACAACCAGCUGCGGAAGGCUUGCCAAGUAGCUCUUGAUGAAAUAAAGUUGGAGCUUGAGAAGCAGAAGGAUGGCACCGUGGUCGCUCCCCGAGCUAACUACAUUGAGGCAGACAAGUAUGUGUUGCCCUUCGAGUUGGCCUGUCAGUCCAAAUCCCCUCGUAUUGUCAGCACCUCCUUGGACUGCUUACAGAAACUGAUUGCCUAUGGCCACAUCACGGGCAACGCUCCGGACAGCAGUGCUCCGGGGAAGCGUCUGAUCGACCGGCUGGUGGAGACCAUCUGCAACUGCUUCCAGGGCCCGCAGACGGACGAGGGGGUGCAGCUGCAGAUCAUCAAGGCUCUUCUUACGGCGGUGACCUCGCCUCACAUUGAGAUCCACGAGGGCACCAUUCUGCUCACGGUGCGGACGUGUUACAACAUCUACCUGGCCAGCCGCAACCUGAUCAACCAGACCACGGCCAAGGCCACGCUCACACAGAUGCUCAACGUCAUCUUCGCCCGCAUGGAAAACCAGGCAGCGUUGGAGGCCCAGGAGCAGGAGAAGGAGCGUUCCCGGCUGCACCCCCACCACCCCCACCCCCUCUCCUCCCACUCGCCCACCCACAGCCGAGGCUCCGGCUCCCCCUCGCCGCAGCCACCUCGCUCCCCCCUGGAGCAGAACGGCCAGCCCUCCCCCUCGCCCUCACCUGGGUCCGCCGAGCCCCCCAGCACGCCCACGCCUCCGCAGGAGGACACGCCCCCCUCCCUCAACGGCCAACCAGAGGAGGCGGAGAGUCAAGAGGAGGAGGGAGAGUACGUGGCCACAGUGGAGGAGGGCAGGGAGGAUGCUCCAUCCUCAGAGACGGAGGCAGAGGAACCGUCCGCACCUGUUACCCAGCCUGUCUCAGAGGCUGAGGGAGAUGGGGGAGGAGAUGGGGAUGGAGACGGAGGAGGAGGAGGAGAAGGCCAGGAGCAGCAAGGGGAGGCCCAGGAGGAGCAGGGGGAGCAGGGGGAGGCACCCAGUGGCCCUGCUGACCAAACUCCUGAUGCAGGGGCGGAACAACAGACACAGGAGCAGCCACAGCAACAGGUGGAGCCUGAGGCGGAACCCAAGCAGCAGCCAGACACGCUGCCCCCUGCUGUCCGCAUGGACUCCCUGCAGAUGAACGGCAUGGUGGAUGACCGCACGUCUGUCUCCUCCACUGACAUCAUGGAUGCGGAGGGUCUUCAGGGUACCCAGUCUGCGGCCCGCUUCUCCCACAUCCUCCAGAAGGACGCCUUCCUCGUCUUCCGCUCCCUCUGCAAACUCUCCAUGAAGCCACUGGCCGACGGACCCCCAGACCCCAAGUCCCAUGAGCUGCGCUCCAAGGUGGUGUCUCUGCAGCUGCUGCUGUCCGUGCUGCAGGGCGCGGGCCCCGUGUUCCGCACGCACGAGAUGUUCGUCAACGCCAUCAAGCAGUACCUGUGCGUGGCGCUCUCCAAGAACGGCGUCUCCUCCGUGCCCGAGGUCUUCGAGCUGUCGCUGGCCAUCUUCCUCACGCUGCUCUCCCACUUCAAGGUCCACCUCAAGAUGCAGAUCGAGGUGUUCUUCAGGGAGAUUUUUCUCACCAUCCUGGAGACCUCCAGCAGCUCCUUCGAGCACAAGUGGAUGGUGAUCCAGACCCUCACGCGCAUCUGUGCAGAUGCCCAGUGUGUGGUGGACAUCUACGUGAACUACGACUGUGAUCUGAACGCUGCCAACAUCUUUGAGCGGCUAGUGAAUGACCUGUCUAAGAUCGCCCAGGGCAGGAGCGGCCAAGAGCUGGGCAUGACGCCACUACAGGAGCUGAGCUUGCGUAAGAAGGGGCUGGAGUGCCUGGUGUCCAUCCUCAAGUGCAUGGUGGAGUGGAGCAAAGACCUGUACGUCAACCCCAACCUGCAGACCAAUCUGGGUCAGGAGUCCACAGCGGAGGGCGAGGGUGGCGAGGUGAAGCUGCCGGAUCACCUGUCGGGGCGGCGGGACAGCGUGAGCUCUCUGGAGUCCACCGUGUCGUCUAGUCACCACUCCUCCCAGCCCGACCACCCCGAGCAGUACGAGGUCAUCAAACAGCAGAAGGAGAUCAUAGAACACGGCAUCGAACUGUUCAAUAAGAAGCCCAAGAGAGGUAUCCAGUACCUGCAGGACCAGGGCAUGCUGGGAACCACCCCAGAGGACAUCGCCCAGUUCCUGGGGCAAGAGGACCGCCUAGACACUACUCAAGUGGGAGAGUUCCUGGGAGAGAACGUGCGCUUCAACAAGGAGGUGAUGUACAGCUACGUGGACCAGCUGGAUUUCUGUGGCAAGGACUUCGUGUCGGCCCUGCGAGCCUUCCUGGAGGGGUUCCGGCUCCCCGGGGAGGCCCAGAAGAUAGACAGGCUCAUGGAGAAGUUCGCGGCCAGAUACCUGGAGUGCAACCAAGGGCAGACGCUGUUUGCCAGUGCUGACACAGCGUAUGUGCUGGCCUACUCAAUCAUCAUGCUUACCACUGACCUGCACAGCCCACAGGUGAAAAACAAGAUGACCAAAGAGCAGUACAUCAAGAUGAACAGGGGCAUCAACGACAGCAAGGACCUGCCGGAGGAGUACCUGUCAUCCAUCUACGACGAGAUCGCAGGCAAGAAGAUCGCCAUGAAGGAGAGCAAGGAGUACUCCAUCACACCCAAGUCCAGCAAACCAAAUGUAGCCAAUGAGAAGCAGCGGCGUCUGCUGUACAACAUGGAGAUGGAGCAGAUGGCUAAGACGGCCAAGGCCCUGAUGGAGGCGGUGAGCCACGCCCAGGCCCCCUUCUUCAGCGCCACUCACCUGGAGCACGUACGGCCCAUGUUCAAGCUUGCGUGGACUCCUCUGCUGGCUGCGUUUAGCAUUGGGCUGCAGGACUGUGAUGACCAGGAGGUGGCGUGUUUGUGUCUGGAGGGAAUCCGCUGCGCCAUCAGGAUCGCCUGCAUCUUCAACAUGCAGCUGGAGCGGGAUGCCUACAUCCAGGCCCUGGCUCGCUUCACGCUGCUGACGGCCAGCUCCAGCAUCACGGAGAUGAAGCAGAAGAACAUCGACACCAUCAAGACCCUCAUCACCGUGGCACACACAGACGGGAACCACCUGGGAAACUCCUGGCACGAGAUCCUGCGCUGCAUUAGUCAGUUGGAGCUGGCCCAGCUGAUCGGCACGGGGGUGAAGACGCGCUACAUCUCCGGUGUGGUGCGGGAGCGAGAGGGCAGCCUCAAGGGCUUCCCAUCCGGCACCGAAGAGUUCAUGCCCCUCGGCCUCGGGUCUCUGGUUGGGGGUCAGGACAGGCGUCAGAUGGCCCACAUCCAGGAGUCCGUUGGGGAGACCAGCUCCCAGAGCGUUGUGGUCGCUGUGGACAGGAUUUUCACUGGUUCAACACGGCUAGAUGGAAAUGCCAUUGUGGACUUUGUGCGGUGGCUGUGUGCCGUCUCCAUGGAUGAGCUGGCCUCUGCCCACCAACCGCGCAUGUUCAGCCUGCAGAAGAUCGUGGAGAUCUCCUACUACAACAUGAACCGCAUCAGGCUGCAGUGGUCUCGUAUCUGGCAGGUCAUCGGAGACCACUUCAACAAGGUGGGCUGCAACCCCAAUGAAGACGUGGCCAUCUUCGCGGUGGACUCCCUGCGGCAGCUCUCCAUGAAGUUCCUGGAGAAGGGAGAGCUGGCAAACUUCCGCUUCCAGAAGGAUUUCCUGCGGCCCUUUGAACAUAUCAUGAAGAAGAACAGGUCUCCCACUAUCAGGGACAUGGUGAUCCGCUGUGUGGCCCAGAUGGUGAACUCUCAAGCGGCCAACAUCCGCUCGGGCUGGAAGAACAUCUUCUCAGUGUUCCACCAGGCUGCCGCUGACCACGAUGAGACCAUAGUGGAGCUCGCCUUCCAAACCACUGGCCACAUCGUCACGAACACCUUUCAGCAGCACUUUGCAGCAGCCAUUGACUCGUUCCAGGACGCGGUGAAGUGUCUGUCAGAGUUCGUGUGCAAUGCUGCCUUCCCUGACACUAGCAUGGAGGCCAUCCGCCUCAUCCGACACUGUGCAAAAUACGUCUCCGACCGGCCACAGGCGCUGAGGGAGUACACCAGUGACGACAUGAACGUUGCCCCUGGCGACCGGGUGUGGGUGCGCGGUUGGUUCCCCAUCCUGUUCGAGCUCUCCUGCAUCAUCAACAGAUGUAAACUGGAUGUACGGACAAGGGGUCUGACGGUGAUGUUUGAGAUCAUGAAAAGCUACGGCAGCACGUUUGAGAAGCAUUGGUGGCACGACCUCUUCAGGAUCAUCUUCCGCAUCUUCGACAACAUGAAGCUUCCUGAGCAACAGACCGAGAAGACCGAGUGGAUGACCACCACCUGCAACCAUGCCCUGUACGCCAUCUGUGACGUCUUCACGCAGUUCUACGAGCCGCUCAGCGAGAUCUUACUCGAGGAUCUCUUUGUGCAGCUGCGGUGGUGUGUUAAACAAGAUAACGAGCAGCUGGCCCGGUCGGGCACCAACUGCCUGGAGAACCUGGUGAUCCUGAACGGGGAGAAGUUCAACCCCGAGGUGUGGAACGUCACCUGCACCUGCAUGCUGGAGAUCUUCCAGAACACCUGCCCCCACGCCCUGUUGACAUGGCGACCCGUCGGACAGGAAGAGGAGGUGGGCGAUGGGAAACACAUGGACGCAGACUUGGACUCUCUGUCCCAGUGUAGUUUCGAGAGGACGCUCUCCGACCGCGGCCAGAGUCAGAUGUCCACUGCCAGCGAUGAGAACUGGAAGGGAAAGACUCAGACCAGGGUGUCUGACCAGAAGCUGUUCGCUGGUCUCCUCAUCAAGUGUGUCGUCCAGCUGGAGCUGAUCCAGACUAUCGACAACAUUGUGUUUUUCCCGGCCACUAGCAAGAAGGAGGAUGCUGAGAACAUGAUGGCAGCACAGAGGGACGCUCUGGAGGAGAGCGAGGAGGUGAAAGGGGCGGCAGACCAAGGCAUGUAUAAGCACCUUGGCUCAGAGCAUCUCUUCAAACUCCUCGACUGCCUUCUGGAGUCUCACACGUUCGCCCGAGACUUCAACUCUAACAACGAGCAGAGGACGGCACUCUGGAGGGCAGGCUUCAAGGGGAAGUCGAAGCCCAAUCUGCUGAAGCAGGAGACCAGCAGCCUGGCCUGCAGCCUGCGCAUCCUCUUCCGCAUGUACUCCGACCACAAGCUGCAGGAGGCCUGGCCAGACAUCCAGACACGACUACUGCUUGUCUGCAGUGAGGCCCUGGGCUACUUCAUCAGCCUGACGUCAGAGAGCCACAGGGAGGCCUGGACCAGCCUACUGCUGCUCAUGCUCACCAGAACACUGAGGCUACCGGACAACAAGUUUAAGCCGCAUGCCUCCUGCUACUACCCCCACCUGUGUGAGAUGAUGCAGUUUGACCUGAUCCCGGAGCUGCGGGCCGUGCUGCGUCGCUUCUUCCUCCGCAUCGGCUCCGUCUUCCACAUCGCCGCCCCGGACGCCUGCUCUCCCGCCCUGCAGCCCACACCCUGAACGGCCCCCGCCCUUAUCAGCAUCUUCAUCUUCAUCAUCUUCGUCAUCGUCAUUACAGGAGGGGGAGAGUGGUGCCCUGAAAGCUCUUAAUGGUAGCAGUGGCAGAGGACCCAGGGUGGAAUGUCCAGUUGUGUGUGUGGGUGUGUGCGUGUGCGUGUGUUUGUGUGUGCAUCGUGUGUGUGUGUGUGUGUGUGUGUGUGUGUGUGUGUGUGUGUGUGUGUGUGAGUGAGAUAAUACGAGACAGUGUGAGCACAACCAUCGCCCUCUCCUUGGUUUGGCUUUAAAAACAAAAAAAAAGACUAUGCAUGGGUCCUGGAAACGUCAGAGAGACAGUUGACUCUUGGCUUCUAAGGGUGUCUGGAAUGGUUAUUCUUUCUUUUCUUUUCUUUUCUUUUUUUCUCUUCUUCUUGGAGGAAAGCCGUCGUCAUUGUUGAAAUCUGUGGUUGUCAUCCUGCUCACGUGAGCUUACUACAAGAGGAGCAGAGAGAUGCACUGUGCCCUGGUAGAGAUCUGUGCUCAUCUGUGAUCUCUACUGUCUUAAAGAACUUUGUCAGAUCUGUGCACAUCCUGUCCUGUCCAAAUCGUCAAAUGUCAGGAGAGAAAAUCUUGUAUAACAAUAAUUAUUUAUUACAUUUAUGUACCUGGGGGUCUUUGUUUGUUUGUUUUUUUGUUUGUUUAUGUGAUUUACCGUUUGCUUUUUGUUGUCAGUGAUUGUCUUCAUGCUUUUGAGACUGAACAAACAAGAAAAUCAAUUGUGGAAGGAACAUAAACGGCAAAGCACCAUGUCAUAUCUUAUAAGUUUAUUUCUUUAAGGCUUUGGCUGUUGCGAAGAAGAAGAAGAGAGAAAAAAAGUUUUGUGCCUGGACUUGAUAUCAACAAAUGUGAGAACAAAGUGCAUCGUUCAAGGGUAAUGAAUGUGGAACUGGGUAAAUGAUGCUCCUUACACAUCCCUGGUGUUGUAUUCUUCUCUUGUCUAAUACAAAGAGAUGGUCUAAAAUGCUCCCCCUUCCCCUGUCAUCUGUAGAGGCAACAGUUGUUCUUGACUUCAGAGGAAGUACGCAGGCUUCUCUACUCUAAAAUACCACUGUUAUUCUCUGAUCUCUACAUUCAGACACACUACUGUUCUCUUGUUUAUCCUGAAGGCUGGUGUGUGCUAGGCUGUUUGCAGACAUGAAGUCCAUCAUUUCUUCAUUUUAAUUUUGUUUACUUUUUUUUAUUAUUUAAUGUUUUAUUUCUGCCCCUUACCUUUAUUUUUCCCCUUCUCCUUGAUUUCAACAGUAGGGAUGUUUGCAGAUGUGGGAUGUUUUAAAGCACCGUCGCCUUGAAUGGAGUUUGCUUUGAUGGAAUGAUCAGGUCAUGGCAUUCAUGAAGAGUUUUGUACUUCACAAUUUGUUUUUAUUUAUGCCUUCUGUUAUUUUCCCCUAUAAUGAUUUUUGCUGCAAUGGCUGAUUGAAAAGGAAUGCCAACAAGCUCGCCUGCUGUUAUGCCCAGUGGUGAACAUGGAGGACUUAAACGUGCUUGUUCACCGUAUACAGUUAACUGUCUAUUACAAGUGACACCUGAAACCAUCAGUAUUGAGCCUUCAUAUUAUCCUGUACCCUACGGUGUAAGCCCAAGAUGUGUUUUUAAAUGAGGAUGUAUUUAAUUCUUUGAAGUGCAUUUAAAUAUUUUCUGAGAAGCAUUCCUUCCCUCAAAAGUAUGGAUGUCUACUUUUCCUUCCCUGACACAGGGGUCUAUAAAUAUAUAUAAAUAUAUAUAUAGUAUAUGAAGAGAAAUACAAACUGUAAAGUUUUCAUGUAAUAUAGAAAAAAAAUAAAUGCGAUACUAUAUACAUAUUGUGAUGUAAUCUUCCGAGAACUUGGUGAGGUAACCAAUAAAGUUUCAAUUCUGAUCCA